CUCCAACUCACAGAAUCGUGGGACAGCUGGGGUUCCGGGUCUGAGACCGAGCUAACAAACCCUGCAGGCAGCAGAGGGUCGGCGUGAGGGGCUCCGGGGUUUUGGGCGGGGCCGAUGGCGUCUCGGGCGGGCCCGCGAGCUGCAGGCACGGACGGCAGCGACUUCCAGCACCGGGAGCGUGUCGCCAAGCACUACCAGAUGAGUGUGACCCUCAAGUAUGAAAUCAAGAAGCUGAUCUACGUGCAUCUGGUCCUUUGGCUGCUGCUGGUUGCCAAGAUGAGUGUGGGACACCUGAGGCUCUUGUCGCAUGAUCAGGUGGCCAUGCCUUAUCAGUGGGAGUACCCAUAUUUGCUGAGCAUUGUGCCCUCUCUCUUGGGCCUCCUCUCCUUCCCCCGCAACAACAUUAGCUAUCUGGUGCUCUCUAUGAUCAGCAUGGGGCUCUUUUCCAUCGCUCCCCUCAUUUAUGGCAGCAUGGAGAUGUUCCCUGCUGCACAGCAGCUUUAUCGCCAUGGCAAGGCCUACCGCUUCCUCUUCGGUUUUUCUGCGGUGUCCGUCAUGUACCUGGUGUUGGUACUGGCAGUUCAAGUGCAUGCCUGGCAGUUAUACUACAGCAAGAAGCUCCUAGACUCUUGGUUCACCAGCACACAGGAGAAGAAGCGCAAAUGAAGCCUGCCUGAUGGACUGAUCUCUGGGGUGAAGCCUAGCCCUCCCACUGAGAGGGUAGAGGAGCUGUUCUAAAAUCUUUGGUAAUUUUAGCAGCUGUGAUAUUGACAACUAGUGCAAAUUAGGCCCAAGUUUUGGAAAGCUGCUACUAUUGUCAUCAGCUGAGGUGACAAAAAUUAUAUUUAACUUAUUCCUGAUUGGCUGGAACUGGGCGAAGAAGAGCUGUAAAUCAAACUUCAGCUAGUUUAAGUUGAAGCCCUUCAGGAUUUUUCUUGUAAGACUGAGUCUCGGCCCUGGCUGGUGUAGGUCAGUGGAUUGAGCACAGACCUGUGAACCAAAACAUCACCGGUAUGAUUCCCAGUCAGGGCACAUGCCUGGGUGGCAGGCCAUAUUCCCAGCAUGGGGUGUGCUAGAGGCAACCACACAUUGAUGUUUCACUCCCUCUCUUUCUCCCUCCCUUCCCCAUCUCUCUAAAAUAAAUAAAGUCUUAAAAAAAAAGACUGAGUCUCAUCCUUACCUCUUCUUAGUCAUUCUCUCCAUUUCCAUCCAUUACCUCUUAGCCACCGAAACUGAAGUAGAUGGAGAAUAAACCAACUUCUACUUCAAUCUGUGAGUCAUUGAGCAAGAAACAUUUAGGAAGCUGCUUUCCCUGCAGGCUGCCUCUAUUGUGAAGCAUUUUAAUUAAAAAGAAUAUCAAUAAAAUUAAA